AAUGCGCGUUCACGAUGACGCACAACAUCGCCGCGUGUGUCUGACACCAGAUCUGCUGCAUAUCUGUGCUCGUGUGUGUGAGGAUGCUCACGGGCUCGAUGGGCUGCGGGGGAAGCAGGUCCGCCGCGAUCGAACCCCGAUAUUACGAGAGCAGAGACACCGAGUCGACGUGGCUCACGAGCACGGACACGGAGACGCAACGGACAGCUGCCGGUAACGGAACCGGCGAGAGCGCGAGCGACAAUGAGAAAACAGCAGCAGCAGCAGCAGCUGCAGCCGGAUCAGGUCAAAAGGAAGAGAAGCCCAUGACGGUAACCAGAGGCUCUUCUGCUAAGGAGAAGAAGCUGGUGAACGCUGGCACACAGUGCGGCAGACGUGCAACGCUCACCGACAGCACCCAGAGGAGACCAGCGCACAGAGACGAGGUUAAAAGUAAAUCAAAGAAAAUUGCUGAAGGGGUUAAAAGUGUCCGUCCGGCUGUAAACGCUGAGGUGAUGCCCUGACGUGAGAGUUUGUGGAAGAGCUGCUGCCAUCAAACACAAUCACAGUGCCACUGUCUAACGAGGGACUUUCAUUAUAAUUAAAUGCACGUUAAAUCAGAUGGCAGAUCUGAUCUAGUUCCGUCUGUUUGUCUGCAUGUAAACGUUGAGCGCUGGAGCAGGCGGCGACCCUAACAUGCUGCAACACGUGUCAUUUUGAACUGGAUCAAACCUUUAUAGAGCUGCAUCUCUGUUUCUGAAGUAUUCAGAUGUUAUUUAUUUCCCUGCCAUUGUUCAUGAUUAAUAUUUUGCUGGUAUUAUGUAUUUCCAUCAGUAUUGUGCGGAUUAGUGAUAUUCUAGUGCCUAAUGAGUCUGUUUGAUAAUGCAGAUAUACAAAUGUCUCAGGUUGCGAUUGUAUGAAAUGAAGACACAUUCAAACAUAACAUUGUCUUGUUCCUCCUGAAUGGAAACUGGUUUCCAGUCUACAGACUGAUUUAUUUAUGAUUUAGUGAAGUAACAUGUUUGAUUUGAAUCAGUCAAUUUGUUCAUCAUAAUUAUGACAUUUUUUACAGGGACGUUGGAAAGGAUUCCCCGAGUAAAAAUAGCACAAGAAUAUUUUGAUUUGAUAUUUUACUAUAAAACGAAGCAAUUGAUAAAAAGGAGCAUAAUAAAUAUUCUAAAAUUGAAAAAUUGUCUUAUAUCUUAUAAAUGACAUUUAUAUUUCAAAGUGUUUGUUUGUCUCAUGAUAUAAACAUUGUAAAGUGUGAUGAUUUUACCACAUGUGCAGAUCAUAUUUUUCCUCAAAAUACAGUUGUAUACAGUAAAAAUGAAUAGCCUAUGACAUAAAAGAGUAAUCUAAUGAAGGGAAAAUAUAAAAUGUUAAGUGUUUGAAGCGAACGUUAUAGAGGGGCUUCAAACAAAUGAAUGAAUUCCAUAAUGAAUUCCAUAUUCCUUAAUGAAUUCCAUAAGAAGUAAUUGACGUCGGGUCAUUGAAUUAUUAGAACAUAAUGCACACCCGAGGUAGUAAUGCGGCCACCACGACGCGAAGUGGAGUAGCCGUUACACCUCAGAUGUGCAUUAUUUUCUAAUAAUUCAACGGUCCGAAGUCAGUUAUUCUGCUUAUAUUACGGUUACCACACCUCAAGACUGUUCAGAUGUUGUAUUUCAAGACAUUUGUCAGCUUUUUGUCCUUAAAACACUUGUGUGUGGGACUAAUUUCUUACGCAUUUCUCACCAAAAGCCUUGUGCUAAUUCCAAAAAACGUAAUUUCAGAACUAGUAACAGAGACUUGAGCCAUUGAUAGCAGAAUAAUACAGUUAUUAAUCAUAGUUAUUAACGCAGUUAGAGAGAGAGAGAGAGAAUAAGCAUAUGUGAAUGAGUCUGUCUCCCUCACGGCAGCAGCAGUGUCUCUACUAACAGCGAAACUGUAAG